AUGCACAUUAAGGUGAUUCCUUGUAGAGUCUACAAAUGGCCACCACACUUCUACUCUGUCUCGGCUUCUACCAUCUACUCCUCAUCCUCCUCCGGCUCCUCCUUCGGCUCCUCCUUCGGCUCCUCCUCCGGCUCCUCCUUCGGCUCCUCCUCCGGCUCCUCCUUCGGCUCCUCCUCCGGCUCGUCCUCCGGCUCCUCCUCCGGCUCGUCCUCCGGCUCCUCCUCCGGCUCGUCCUCCGGCUCGUCCUCCGGCUCGUCCUCCGGCUCGUCCUCCGGCUCGUCCUCCGGCUCGUCCUCCGGCUCGUCCUCCGGCUCGUCCUCCGGCUCCUCCUCCGGCUCGUCCUCCGGCUCGUCCUCCGGCUCGUCCUCCGGCUCGUCCUCCGGCUCGUCCUCCGGCUCGUCCUCCGGCUCGUCCUCCGGCUCGUCCUCCGGCUCGUCCUCCGGCUCGUCCUCCGGCUCGUCCUCCGGCUCGUCCUCCGGCUCAUCCUCCGGCUCGUCCUCCAGCUCCUGCUCCGGCUCGUCCUCCAGCUCCUGCUCCGGCUCGUCCUCCGGCUCAUCCUCCGGCUCCUCCUCCGGCUCCUCCUCCGGCUCGUCCUCCGGCUCAUCCUCCGGC